AUGCCAGGACAAAUUUUAACCAUAUCGUCUCAUGUAGUCCAUGGAUAUGUUGGUAAUAGAGGUAUGACAUUUCCUUUGCAAGUAAUGGGGUGGAACGUUGAUGCCUUGAACACCACGAAUUAUUCUAAUCAUCCAGGGUAUGGAUCUUUUUCAGGAGAAAUCGAAAAACCACAACUCAUCUUUGAUGUGUUAAAAGGUUUACAAGAUAUUGGUAAUGGGAUUGAAAAUUACGAUAUAUUGAUUACAGGAUAUUUACCCAAUUAUGAAAUCAUCACAUCAGUCAAGAAUAUGAUGGAUGAUCUUAGUGACACCAAAAAACCUGUAAUUGUCAUGGAUCCGAUCCUUGGAGAUAAUGGUAAAUUAUACUUAUCGGAAGCAGUUGUGCCUGUUUAUAAAGAGAUAUUAGCCAGUGGUAAAAUAGAUGUCAUAACUCCCAAUCAAUUUGAAUUCGAAUACUUUACAGGAGUCAAAAUAACAGAUGAAACAACUUUAAAGCAGGCUAUAACAAAGUUCAAAUCCUUAUAUAAUGUCAAACAUAUUGUUAUAUCAUCAGUAAAUUUUGAUGAUUCAAUGUACUGUGUAGGUUAUGUUGAUGACUUGAUUCUCAUACCCAUAGAAGAAAUUCCUGUCAAGUUUUUUGGAUGUGGAGACUUAUUCACGGCAUUAAUGGCACAUAACUUUGUUAAAUAUGAUUUUGAACAUGCAUUAAAAGAUUCAGUUGAAAAAUUAUCCAAAGUUCUUCAAAGGACAGUUGAGCAUGAACCUGGUGUGAAAAUUAUCAAAGAUUUGAGAAUAAUCCAACUGAAAGAUAUUUAUUUACAAUAG